GACCCACCAAAUUCCAGGGUACAAAUUAAGAUCGGUUUCCAAAUAUAAAUUUAUAUUUGAUUUUGGUGAAAUAAAUAAAAGAAAAAAAAUCAAGAAAAGAAACAAUCUUUGCGUGUUAAUGGCGUCUCAGGUCAUACGCACGACCUCCUCUGAUCUCUGUUCGUCAGAGGUAUUUCAGUUUUCACAUUUUUGUCCUUCAGAGAGUGAGAGCUGAGGAGUUAAGUACAUACGAAUAGAAGGGACUGGUGUUUGUGUGAUGUCUUUUGACGGAGUUGAGAAGCAAUGGAAAUGUGCAAUGGGAGGUCCGGUGAAUUUUCAGAAAGUAAGUUCCAUUGUUCGCGAUAUUGGGGAGCCUUGUCUUCAUCAAUCACCAAUAAAGGUUGUUAUAGCUGUAAGCAAAAUGCUUAAGCCAGAUAAGUGGCAGGCGACCUUUGACAAUGAUGGAAAGAUUUUUGGUUUCCAGAAAGCGCUGAAAUUGAUAAUUCUGGGUGGCGUGGAUCCAUCUAUAAGACCUGAAGUCUGGGAAUUUCUUUUGGGGUGUUACUCUUUGAGCAGUACUGCUGAAUAUCGCAGGCAACUAAGGACAGCAAGGAGGGAACGUUAUAGAGAUCUUGUGAAGCAAUGUCAGAUGAUGCACCCAAGCAUUGGGACUGGUUCCCUGGCCUAUGUUGUAGGGUCUAAAGUCAUGGACAUGAGGAUGAGUUCCAAAGAGGAUGGGAGAAAGGAUGCUGAAGUCCAAAGUGGACGGAUUUCGGAAGCCAGUACUAACAAAAUGGAUAACAACUGUGUUCGAGAUAGCAAAUGUACAGAUAAACAUUAUGCAUCUCAAAGGGAAAGUUCUAGUGAUUUUGGUGAUCUUGUAAGUGUAAGAGGAAGCACUGUGGAUGGAGCAUAUGAUUCCUCUGGUCUUGGGCCUUUUCCUGAUCCAUGCAACUGCAGUUCCGCAACUGAUCAUGACACACAUGAGCCAAGUUAUGAAGUUGAACAUUAUUUGGAUUUCCCUCCUUUACCUGUUACAAAUUUGUUUGAAGAGAAUAAUGAAGAUAAGAAAGUACUUAGGUCACAUGAGGACAAAUGCUCAACACAACGUAAAAUGAGAUAUGAAGAUGGGCAUAUGCACAGUUUUCGUAUUAACAACAAUGCAGAUCUUGUUGUGGAAUCAAAUAGUUUCCCAUCUAAUGAUGUCUCUCAAUGUGCUAACUCCAAAAGUGAAAUACUCCGUCCUGGUGUUCAUGAGUCUCUUUCUCGGUCAAAUAAUUUCGAUUAUGAAGCAGAAAUACACAAUAGGAUUAUAAUAUCAGAUGCACCAGAAACACCAACCAAAUAUGCAACCACGUCACAGGGAGGAGCUUCUAGUGAAGACAGAGUUUCUGAAUGGCUUUGGACGCUGCACCGAAUAGUUGUUGAUGUAGUAAGAACAGAUAGUCAUCUGGAGUUUUAUCAGGACGCCAAAAAUUUGGCUCGGAUGUCAGAUAUUCUUGCUGUCUAUGCAUGGGUUGAUCCUGCAACAGGAUAUUGCCAAGGCAUGAGUGAUUUAUUAUCCCCCUUUGUUGUUCUUUUUGAGGAUAAUGCUGAUGCAUUUUGGUGCUUUGAGAUGCUUUUAAGGAGAAUGCGGGAAAACUUUAGGAUGGAAGGGCCGACUGGUGUCAUGAAGCAGUUGCAAGCGCUAUGGCAUAUAUUAGAACUUACAGACAGGGAGAUAUUUUCUCACUUGUCCCGUAUAGGUGCUGAAAGCCUUCACUUUGCUUUCCGUAUGCUGCUGGUGCUCUUCCGUCGGGAGCUAUCUUUCAAUGAAGCUCUUUGUAUGUGGGAGAUGAUUUGGGCUGCUGAUUUUGAUGUAUCAUUGACCUCGCUUCUGGAUGAUAAUUGCCCAGAAAUUUUGGCUAUACAGUUACCCAGGGAAGCAGAAACUGAAUCGGGAGAAGAAAGCAUUUAUGGUAAUACUAUUGGUUGCAAGAGUGGCUUUCCAUCGAAACAUGGAACUGUAGGACGCCCCAUCUCUGACAACUCAGUAAUCAGAUCCAGACCAACUAGACCAUUUUGUGGCUUGACAAAAACUUUCUGGUCAAGGAAUGACCGCUUUCAGAUUCGUACCUUUAUAUCAGCAAGAAGAAAUCAUGACGAUGAAUUGCCUGUUUUUUGUGUAGCAGCAAUCCUCAUUAUGAACCGUCAGAAAAUUAUCAAAGAAACACGUUCCAUUGAUGACCUAAUAAAGAUAUUCAAUGAUAAUAUGUUAAAGAUCAGAGUCAAGAGAUGUGUACGUACAGCCAUUAAACUGCGAAAGAAGUACUUUAACAAGCUAAUCAAGAAUAGGAGUUCAGUAGCUCGGAAUGGCAGUUAAAUUCCAAUAUGAGAAAUGCAUUUCCAUUGCACUCUGAAAGGCUGCUGAUGAUUUGAGGAAGAAUUUUUGAGCGAAAGCUUUUGAUCAUAGACUUAUAUUUUGGAGGAACUCAUAACUAAGUGCACAAGCCAUCUAAAAGGUCAUGCCCGUUUUGUGCCCAGAAGAAGCACACAAACUCUUUAACCAGGUACUUAAAUGUGCUCGGGAGUGAAGAACUAUAUCACUGGUGUCCUUGAUUAAAGUCACUGUCUACAGAUGUCCAUUUUACACGAACUGUUUUCUCAUUUUCUUUCACUAUUUUGGAAUGGGAAUCACCUCAGAGGAGUGGGAAACAAGGCGUAAAACCUAGGCAAAUUUGGUUGUCGACUUUCAGAAGUGUAUUAGAAAUGUUUCAAAGACUGUAAGCCCAUUUUGCUAUUAAGACAUUGGGGCUAAUUAGAAUAGUUUCAGAUUUUUAUGCAUUACAUGCAGUAAUAUUGUCUUGAAGUUCUUCAAUAGGCCUUGGUUUUCGUUAUACUUUAUUUCCACAUGAAUGCAUAUUUCUUCUUGGGGUGUCAACAGAGUUCUUCAUUUCCUGAAAUAGCAUUUUUCACCUCAUUCUCAUCAACAAUUUCAUACCAAUUCAAACAUUACCUUGUCUCUCGCGGGAGUGCCCCACUGGUAUACAUAUCUGCAUAAAGAGUUCACGUAAAUUCAGGAAAAUAAAUGUCCUAAUUUUCUAAUUUCUUCAGCUAGUUGUUUGUAUGGAAUAACGCUGCCUUAUAAAUUCGUGGCUUUAAUCAGUCAACUAUGGUGAGAAAAUAACAGAUCAUCUUACUUUGUUGCUUAUGCUAAAUACCAUCACGCUGGGAGUCUGGGACUACUGAGCUUUGUUCUAAAAGACGAGUUUGCUACUAAAUAUGAUGCUAUAUAACAGAAUUAUUGUGGCUGCUUUCUGUACAGGUUCUUUUCUUUCUAAUGCUUGCUUAGGACUACAGUUUAUGUGACA